AGGGUUUGACAUUAGUCGAUGUAUAGGUUAAGUUGUAUGGAAUAGCAGCAUAAUUUGUUAAAUUUAAAGGAAAAUGUCUGUUUUGGAGAAAUUACAGCAAGGUCCUCGCGAAGGAGUCACCUACCCGUUGUCGCUUGCGUAUUGCGGCAACUGUUCGAUGCCGAUUGAGUAUUGCGAAUAUUACCCGGAAUACGACAAGUGCAAGCAAUGGUUGGAGAGAAACUUGCCUUCGGAGUUCGAGAAGGUGAAAAUCGGCGACGACGGUGGUUCGGUGGAAGAAGAAAAAAAGAGGCAGAAACGGGGCGGAAAGGGCAUGAUUAAAACCAAAAAGAAGGAGGACGGGCCUAAGCAGGUGUGCGUUUCCAGAGCCCCCAGAGGCAAGAAGAAGUCCGUCACUGUGGUUACAGGACUCAGUAGCUUUGAUAUCGAUUUAAAAGUGGCAGCCAAGUUUUUCGGUACCAGAUUUGCAUGUGGUUCUUCUGUCACUGGAGAUGAUGAAAUUGUUAUUCAAGGAGAUGUUAAGGACGAUUUGUUUGAUGUUAUUCCAGAAAAAUGGCCAGAGAUUGAUGAGGAUCUAAUUGAGGAUUUAGGUGACCAAAAACGAUAGACGUUGUUUAGAUAUCCUGUGGCAGUAGGCACAGGAUUUUUGAUAAAUUGUUUUUGUAAAUAAAAUGUGUUGUCACA